ACUUUGUCCUUACUCUUUUCUUUGCGCUGGAUUCAGUGAGCGGUAGACACAGAGGAACAGAGAACAAUGUGGAAAGCAGUACUGCUUGUGUCCCUGCUGCUUACCACAGAUAUGCAGGUGAAUGGUGCUGGAGAUAAGACGGAGGGGUCCGUGGCAGAAAAAUCUAGGCCAGAGGAGAAGGUGAAGACAAAAGAGGCUGAACCUGUCAACAAUCUUGAAAGUGACUCUGCUUCUUCAGGUUUCUUGGGCAACUUGCUUGUGGUACCCAUGGAUGGGAGUCACUGGGUGGCUAUAAAGGCCCUUGCCCAAGAAAUAGGUCGCCGUGGACACCGGGUGACCAUAGUAAUACCGGAGAUCAGCAUACGGAUGGGGCCAGGGAAACACUACAACACUGUGACCUAUCCUGUCCCUUAUGACAGGGCUUUUAUUGACUCUAUCAUGUCCACUCACAAGGAUGUAAUGCGAAAAUCGACACAGUCUUUUGUGGAGAAAGUGAAGAAACGAUUUGCACAGAUUCAGAAAAUUACAGGCUUAAUCCACACCACUGCAGAAACCCUUCUGUUUAAUGCCAGUCUCAUCUCACAUCUGGCACAGCAGAAUUUUGAUGCUGUCUUAACAGACCCCAUGGUGCCCACAGGCUCACUUAUAGCACGGAAAUUAGGUCUCCCCACUGUUAAUCUGCUGAGGGGAAUUCCAUGUUCCUUGGAUAUGAAGGCUGCAGGCUGCCCUUCCCCGCCCUCAUUUGUGCCUCGCUUCUUCACCGGAUACACGGAUAAAAUGAACUUUAAGCAGAGGGCUUUCAACACUUUGAUAGCUUUACUGGAGCCGCUGAUGUGCCGACUGCUGUAUUGGCACUUUGACCACCUAGCAUAUCAGUUCUUGGGAGAGGAGGUGGGCAUAGCUGAAGUGCUGUCAGACUCUGCUAUCUGGCUGUUGAGGAGUGACUUCGCACUGGAGUUCCCUCGCCCUCUCAUGCCUAAUAUAAUACUAGUGGGUGGAAUCAACUGCAACGUGAGAAACCCUCUGCCUGAGGAUUUGGAGUCCUGGGUUUCAGGAGAGCAUGGGUUUGUAGUGUUCACUCUGGGCACCAUGAUAUCAGAUAUGCCAGAAGAGAUAACUGCUAUCUUCCUAGAAGCCUUCAGGCAGAUUCCACAGAAGGUAAUAUGGAGGUACACUGGGUCCAUUACUGGUGGGGUCCCAGAAAAUGUGAAAAUAAUGAAAUGGGUGCCUCAGAAUGACUUACUAGCACACCCUGGAGCUCGGGCCUUCAUCACCCAUGCUGGCUCACAUGGUCUCUUUGAGGGAAUUUGUCACGCUGUUCCCAUGCUGAUGGUGCCAAUUUCAGGGGACCAGCCGGAUAACGCACAGAGGCUGGCGAGUAAAGGAGCCGGAGUUGUGUUGGAUAUUUUGUCCAUCACUACAGAGAGCCUUCUCAAAGGGCUGAAUGACAUCAUCAAGGACCCCAGGUAUAAAGAGAACAUGCUGAGGCUGUCAUCUAUCCAUAAAGACCGACCAGUUGAACCACUCGACCUUUCAGUGCACUGGACAGAAUUUGUGAUGCGGCACAAAGGGGCGAAACAUCUCAAAGCUGCCGUCCAUGACCUCAACUGGUUCCAGUACUACUGUCUGGAUGUGAUAGUGCUACUGGCCACUGUAGUGCUUGUUUUUGUAAUGCUGACAGUAAAAUGUUUGAAACUAUGUUUCUCAAGACUGAGCAGGAAGAGAAAGCAGGAUUAACCUGUGCUACUUUUUACUUCAUCUC